CUCUCUUUUUCACCCUCAUGUAAACGUCAAUCUGCAUUUUCGUCCUUCACAAUCCAGGCCGCCUUAUCAAAUUGGGCACCUACACUUCAACGUAAAAGUUCAAACCUAUCAAUUUCUCCAUACAAUUACGGGAAAAAGUUUCUAAUCACAACUUCCAUCAAAUGACACCCUUCCCUUAAUCUCAUUGUAGCUGAAAUCGAAGGGGCAAUCCCUCAAAUUCGGGUUGAAUUUCUUCUAUCCGAUCAUCAGAAACAAUGUUAUCUACUCAGGAAAGGAAGUUGAGGUUGCUGAGACUCGUAAUUUAUCUGGGGUUGGGGUUAGGGUUUGGAUUUGGAUAUGGGGAUGCGUUGAAAGUGCCGUUUAGAGUGAAGGACGUGCUUCCGGUGUUGCCACGUCAGGUAUCGUGGCCUGUGAUGAACAAUAUUCAUAGCGCCGUUGAUUUGCUGCCGCAGUAUAUUGGAUCACUGGCGCCCAAUAAUGGGACGAUUAAGUGGAAAGGGGCGUGCUUUUUGGAUAACGAGGCGAAUAUCGAGUUUACUGCUGCGGGUGAUAGGGGAAUCGGGGGUGGCAUCCUUCAUGUUUCGACUGCAGCAGCCCACAGCUGGACGUGUAUGGAUUUAUAUGUAUUUGCCACUCCCUAUAGGGUCACUUGGGACUAUUAUUUUUCAGCUCGAGACCAUACGUUGAGAAUUGAAUCAUGGGAGGAACCCGCGGAAUUAGAAUAUGUAAAGCAGCAUGGUGUCUCAGUUUUUCUUAUGCCAUCAGGAAUGCUUGGGACAUUCCUUUCCUUGGUUGAUGUCUUGCCUUUGUUCUCCAAUACUGGUUGGGGUCAGAGUGCUAAUCUAGCUUUUCUGAAGAAACACAUGGGUGCUUCAUUUGAAAAACGUCGUGCACCAUGGCGUGCUACCAUCAACCCAGAAGAUGUGCAUUCUGGUGAUUUUUUAGCUGUCUCAAAGAUCCGUGGACGUUGGGGUGGAUUCGAGACACUGGAGAAGUGGGUCACUGGUGCAUUUGCCGGACAUACAGCUGUAUGCUUGAAGGAUGAAUCGGGUAAUCUUUGGGUUGGUGAAUCUGGACAUGAGAAUGAAAAGGGUGAAGAAAUCAUUGCGGUAAUUCCUUGGGAUGAAUGGUGGGAAUUAGCACUCAAGGAUAGUUCUAAUCCACAGAUAGCUUUGCUGCCCUUACAUCCAGAAGUACGUGCUAGGUUUAAUACUACUGCAGCCUGGGAGUACGCUCGGCAGAUGGCAGGCAAGCCAUAUGGUUAUCACAACAUGAUCUUUAGUUGGAUCGACACUGUCGCUGAUAAUUAUCCCCCGCCUCUAGAUGCUCACUUGGUCAUUUCUGUCAUGUCUAUGUGGACCAGAAUGCAGCCAGCAUAUGCUGCAAACAUGUGGAAUGAAGCUCUUAAUAUGCGGCUUGGGACAGAGGGUUUGGACUUGCAUGAUAUUCUAGCUGAAACUGAAACGCGAGGUGUAACUUUUGAUCAAUUACUCACUAUUCCCGAACAAGAUGAAUGGGUCUAUAGUGAUGGUAAGUCUACAACAUGUGUCGCCUUUAUUCUGGCCAUGUAUAAAGCAGCUGGAGUAUUUGGUCCACUCUCUAAUUCUAUUCAAGUAACUGAGUUUACGAUCAGGGAUGCCUACAUGCUUAAAAUAUACGAGAACAAUGUGACACGUUUGCCAAGUUGGUGUAAUAACAGUGAUGAUCAGCUCCCGUUCUGCCAGAUAUUGGGGGAGUAUAAGAUGGAACUGCCAUAUUAUAACACUCUAGAGCCAUACACCAAUAUGAAUGAGAAUUGUCCUUCUCUGCCUCCAACUUAUGAGAGACCCGUUCGUUGCUGAAUACUUCGACAUUUACUAUUUUACGUGUGGAUUUUCCCGGACAAUGGGUUUUGUUCUGCAGCCCAAGCUUGUAAUAUAUUGUUGCGUUUGGUCUAAGAGACAUGCUUCACGUGGUCUUCUCCAGGUUAAACUUUAAUCAAAAUGUAUAUAUCUCUAUCUUAGGUUUCUUGAGAACAUCCAGUAUGUGAAAUAAAAUGAGUUAAGUGC